AUGGCAGACGAAGCCUAUUAUAUCGGCUCUUCAAUUGCAGCAGAAUCGUACCUGAAUGCUGAAAAAAUAAUAGCUGUCGCAAAACGAUCCAAUGCUGAUGCCCUGCAUCCCGGCUACGGGUUUCUUUCUGAAAAUGCUGACUUUGCGGACAAAGUAAUCUCUGCUGGUAUCAAUUUUAUUGGUCCUCGUCCCGAUAAUAUUCGUGCUAUUGGUGAUAAAAUUGCUGCCAAAGUCUUCAUCAAGGAACAUGCAAACAGCAUCCCUCUUAUUCCUGGUUAUAACGGACAAGAUCAAUCCAUCACUAGAUUAGAGAAUGAAGCAAAAAAAAUUGCGUCUGCUGGUGGAGGUGGUAAAGGCAUGAGAGCUGUUUACGAAACUAGCAAGUUAAGAGAAGAAAUUGAGGCUGCGCAGGGUGAAUCACUUCGGGCAUUUGGAUCUGAUAAAUUAUUAAUUGAAAAGUAUUUUGAAAGUAUCCGUCAUGUUGAGAUUCAAAUAUUUGGUGACAAGUAUGGUAACGUAUACCAUAUCAAUGAACGUGAUUGCUCAAUCCAAAGAAGACAUCAAAAAGUAGUUGAGGAAACACCUUCCCCAGCCGUCGAUGAUAAGCUUCGCACUGCAAUGACUAACGCAGCCGUUGAAUUGGGCCGUAAACUAGGUUAUGAAGGUGCUGGUACAGCUGAAUUUAUAUUGGACGAAAAGACCAAGAAAUUUUACUUUUUAGAACUAAAUACACGUCUUCAAGUUGAGCACCCAAUCACAGAGGCUAUAUCUGGACUUGAUCUUGUCGAGUUACAACUGUUAGUUGCUCAGGGUGCUAAUUUAAAGGAACUUGGAAUUCUAGACAAUAUCAAAUUCCAAGGUCAUGCCAUAGAAGUACGUCUUUGUGCUGAAGAUCCAGACCAUGACUUUGGUCCUCGCACUGGUGUUAUUCAAAAAUGGAGCCCAGCUGAUUCUGGUACCUUUAUACCCGGUGUUCGUUUUGAUACAGGCGUGGAAGAUGGUUCUGAAAUUUCCAUCUUUUAUGACUCGAUGGUUGCUAAAGUCAUUGUCCAUGCUACUACGCGUGAAGAAGCCGUACGUCGAAUGAUUGCUGUUUUGUCUCGCACUGUCAUUGUAGGUGUCACCACUAAUCAGAAAUUUUUGAUCAGUAUCAUGAACAAUCCUCGCUUCCAAUCAGGCACCUUUGAUACGAACUUUAUCGUACAGGAAAAGGAACGCUUAUUCCCAACUUACAAUGUAUUGUGUUCCAAAAACAGUAUUAUCGCUGCCUUUUUAUUUGACUGGACAAUUCGUCGCAGUCAGCAAGUACAUUUGAAAAGCAUUCAAACAAGCUGGCGAAAUAUUAAAUGGAGGAAUAAGCGCAUGAAUUUCUUGGUCAAUCAUGGUCCCGAAAUUCAAAUCCAAUAUAAUUAUUUAGGUGACCCUCAACAUGACAAACGUCAUGUCUUUCAAGCAAAAGUACUUAUUAAAGAAGACGCUAUUCAAGGUGAAGAUGAACAAGAGCUACCUAUUUCAGUUGUUCUCUUUGAAAACGAUCUUGGUAAAGAGAUCGCUGGUCCCAGAGGUAUUCAAGGCUGUCGUGGUCUGUUACGUUGUACCAUUGAUGGUAGCCAACAACACUUUUAUAUCGCAGAAGAUGUAAAAGAUGUAAACGAAAAAUCCAUCUUUGUACACGACUUUGUAUGUGGUCAUCAAGUGGAGUUAGUUAAGGUAGAUCGUCUCAAAAGUAAGUCGGCUGCUGUUGAAGAUGAUCGUGUGACGCCCUAUACUUCAUCCAUGCCAUGUCGUAUCCUUAAAUUACUCGUGCCUUCCGGAACUAUCGUCAAGAAAAACAUGCCUCUCUUAUCCAUCGAAUCCAUGAAAACCGAAGUUAAAAUCCUAAGUCGUCAUGAUGGUGUCGUAACAAUGAGAGUGGAGGAAAAUCAAUUGGUUGAUGCCAGAGUGCUUUUGUGUUCUGUCGAUGAAGUUAAAUAA